AUGUGUUUUUUAAAGGAACCGAAGUUUCGUGUGUUUAUGCUAUUUAAGAAGCUGAAAUUGAAGAAAAUCGAGUCCGCCAAUGCGUCGCCGGCGACUCACCAGCAGAGCAAGCAUUUCGCUAAGAAAUGUAAGGUUGAGGAAGUUUCGAUUUUCUCACUGCUUGCGAGAGUGAACAGUUCGAGAAGCAAUUCACGGAAAGAAAUUCUCUGGUUUGGCGGAGAAUUUAGUUUCUUCGACAGUUAUGAUUUCUGGAGUGGACAAUGGAUUGAUGGGUUUAAUCUCUUCAUUGAAAUGAGGAGAGCAGGGGUUGAUAUUGUAGACCCUUUUAUUCUUUCAAGCAUUGUUGGAGCCUCAGCUAAUUUAGCAGCAUUGGAGCUUGGAAAACAGAUUCAUUGCUUAGUUUUAUCUCUUGGUUAUGAAUCUAGUUUAUUUGUUAGUAAUGCACUUGUUGAUAUGUAUGCUAAAUGUAGUGACAUACUAGCAGCAAAGACCAUUUUUGAUACUAUGUGCCGAAGAGAUAUAGUUUCUUGGACUUCAAUUAUAGUUGGGAUGGCCCAGCAUGGACGAGCAAACGAAUCAUUGUCUCUGCAUGAUGAGUAUUAUGAAGAUCCAGGUAGAUUUCGGCAAAUCAUCACAAAUCUCAUGGGUAAUUCAAUCAAGAUUUAA